UUACCGUUAUCACGUCAGUAUCGCUACCGUCAUCAGUAAUAGCGGUAGCAGCAUCACCACCUCCACCGGUAGUGAAGACGGUAGCCUGUAAUAAUAUUAGUAGUAGUAGAGUAGUGUGGUAAUGUAGUAAUAGUAAUAGUAGCAGAAGUAGCAGCAGCAGCAUCGACAUCGACAGUAUCAGCAGCGUGCUACGUUGGGUUUACUUGGCGCGUAACUUUUUUCCUGUUUUAUUUACAAAAUUCUCUCUAUUUCUUUCUCUUUCUUUUUCACGCACUUAUUCUCUCUCUCUCUCUCUCUCUCUCUCUCUCUCUCUAUAUCUAUCUCUUCCUUUCUUUUAAUUUCUUUUUCUUUUUCCAAUGUACAUAUACGUAUCUUUACAAAGAGAGAUUUAUCUUUAGCGACCGCAAAAUGCGCGUUGAUAAUUCGAAGAUAAAAUAAAAAAAAAAAAAACAAAAAGAAAACAAAUAAAAAAAGAAAUUAAAAAAGGGAUUUUUUAUCGGUCGAAAAGGGUUAUGUAGGAAGGAGAUAUAUAUAUUUCGUUCAUUUACGGUGUUGGUCGCAGUGCUUUUCGCGGUCCUUGUGCCAAAGAGGGCAAGAAGGGUCAUCUUAAGCGGCGUUUAAUCGAUAGGCGAAACGCGAGGAACGUCGAUCGCAGCGCUCGCCUGUGAAACAAGUGGCAGAGGAGGAGGCACCAGUCGAGCGUCGUCGUCCUCGUCGUCGCUAGUCGAUUCUCGAAGGAUUCGAAGAGGAAGAAGAAGAGAAAGAAGAAGAAGAAGAAGAAAAAGAAAAAGAACAAGGAAGAAGAUAAACAUCGAACGGACAAGAUGAUUCGUUUGAAUUUCACAAAGAAAUCAUUAUAAAGAAAUUUUCAUCAUUGUCCUCGAGAGGAAAAUUUUUUCUCAUAACGUAUAUCUAUUCAAAAUAAUAUAUGUCAUAUUGAGAUUAUAUCGAAAAGAGAUAUCCCUCUCCGAUCGUCAUCUUUUAUACGUCGUAGCGAAAACGACGAAAUGCAGUUGAUCGUGGCGCCGGUCCCGCUCUUUUCUUGGUGACUGCUAUGCUUGAACGAGAAGAGAUGAUGACAGGGUGGUUCGCAGCGAGGGAGUCGAGGGUGGAAGAUCGACGGAGGAACGGAUGAAGCGGACGAGGCGUAACGUCGUCGCGGAGGAGGAGGACGAAUCAGAGGAGGAAGAGGAAGAAGAAAAAGAAGAAGAAAUCAAAGAACGAGAGGGAGAAGAGAUAGCGAGGGAGAGGCGGUGGAGGAGGGGCAGGGGCGGAGGAGGAGGAGGAGGAGGGGUAGGAGUAGAAGCAGAGGGGUCGGUUAAGUUUUCUCAAUCAUCGUCGUUGUCGUUGUCGUUGUCGUUGUUGUCGUCGUCGUCAUCGUCGUCAUCGUCGUCAUCGUCGUCCUCGUCGUCCUCGUCGUCGUCGUCGUCGUAGUCGAAUCUGCCUGUCAGCGUUGACGUACUCGGCCGAUGUUAAACGACAAGAGGUUCGAAAACGACGCACUGGCGGCGGAGAGCGAGCGUCGUAACAAUGGGAGCGCUGUGGUCCCAUCAGGCCCGAUGGUGUUGUUGUCGUCGUCGUCGUCGUCGUCGUAUGCGAUACCAAGCUAUGGAAUCGCAAGCGUUGCUUGUAACGAUCAAGGAUUCAUGUUCGAGGGCGUCGGUACGAGGACGACAAUGACAACGAUGACGACGACGACGGCGACAAGUUUACGCCGCGCAGCUACCGCGGCGGUAGGUGGCGGAGGGUUCUGCACCGGAAGUCAGGCCCCAUCGGCGGUCGGAGCCGUCGUAGUUAUGGGUGCUGGCACCGGUUGCACGACUGGCGAACGUACGAGUAGCAGUAUAGGCUAUCCGAAGGAGGUUCGAUACGCGCCGACGAGCGUGACUUCGGCUCUUUCGCCGGCUAUUCCGUCAGCCCUUCCAUCGGCUCUUCCAUCGGUUCUUCCAUCGGCUUUAACAUCGGCUAUACCGUCGGCUAUUCCGUCGGCAGUCCCGUCGGUCGUCGGCGGGCCAACGCCGACGAUCUCGGUCCCGCCACCGACCACGCCGCCGGCCACUGCCGGUGGGGCUCUCGUUCAAACGGGACAAGUCUCGAUACUACAACAACACCAACAGCAACAACAACAACAGCAGCAUCAGAGCCAGCUACAACAAACGUCGGUGCCGCCGCUACCACCGCCCCUGCCGCUGCAGAUGCAGCAGCAGCGUGCCUUCUCGAGGUCUAUGACAUCUCUACCGCCAGAACCUUUCAUGAUAAUGCGUUCGAAGGCUCUAAAUCGACGGGUCUCGAUCAACGUCGGUGGCGUCAAACACGAAGUAUUAUGGCGUACCCUCGAGAGGUUACCGCAUACUCGGCUCGGACGCCUUCGCGAUUGUAAUACCCACGAGGCGAUCACCGAACUCUGCGACGAUUAUUCCCUUAUCGACAACGAGUACUUCUUCGAUCGGCAUCCAAAAUCAUUUAGCUCAAUACUCAAUUUUUAUCGUACCGGAAAGCUUCAUCUCGUAGAUGAGAUGUGCGUCUUAGCGUUCAGCGAUGAUCUCGAGUACUGGGGCGUCGAUGAGCUUUACUUGGAAAGUUGCUGUCAGCAUAAGUAUCACCAACGAAAGGAGCACGUCCAUGAGGAGAUGCGCAAAGAGGCCGAGUCUCUCAGGCAGAGGGAGGAAGAGGAGUUCGGGGAGGGGCAAUGCGCGCAGUAUCAAAAGUGGCUCUGGGAUCUUCUCGAGAAGCCAACCACCUCCAUCGCCGCGAGGGUGAUAGCUGUGAUAUCAAUACUCUUUAUUGUGCUUUCGACGAUCGCACUAACUCUCAACACCAUUCCUAGUAUGCAAGUGAAUGAUGAGAAGGGGAACUUUCAAGACAAUCCACAGCUUGCUAUGGUGGAAGCCGUGUGUAUAACAUGGUUCACCCUCGAGUACGUGCUUAGGUUCAGUGCUUCGCCGGACAAAUGGAAAUUCUUCAAAGGCGGUCUUAAUGUGAUCGAUCUGUUGGCUAUACUGCCGUACUACGUAUCCCUGUUCCUGGUCGAGACUAACAAGAAUGCGACCGACCAAUUCCAAGAUGUACGCAGGGUAGUCCAAAUAUUUCGUAUAAUGAGGAUCUUAAGAAUUUUGAAGUUGGCUCGCCAUUCGACCGGGCUACAGAGUCUCGGCUUCACUCUACGUAACUCUUAUAAGGAGUUGGGCCUGCUGAUGCUCUUCCUGGCAAUGGGCGUCCUCAUAUUCUCUAGUCUCGCCUAUUUCGCUGAGAAGGAGGAGCCCGGGACCAAAUUCAUAAGCAUUCCAGAGACCUUCUGGUGGGCAGGCAUCACGAUGACCACCGUCGGAUACGGCGACAUCUACCCCACGACCCCGCUCGGCAAGGUGAUCGGCAGUGUGUGUUGUAUAUGUGGUGUCCUGGUAAUCGCGUUACCCAUUCCCAUUAUCGUCAACAACUUCGCUGAGUUUUACAAGAAUCAGAUGAGACGGGAGAAGGCCCUUAAGAGGCGGGAAGCUCUUGAGAGGGCUAAGAGAGAGGGCAGCAUCGUCUCCUUUCAUCACAUCAAUCUGAGGGAUGCUUUCGCCAAGAGCAUGGACCUUAUCGACGUCAUCGUUGAUACUGGUCACAAUAUGUCUGGGGUAGAUGGUAACAGCACGGAAGGUGAAUCAGCAUGCGGUCGGGGCCCCGCACAAACUGGUCCAGGUUGCUAUCGUAACUAUGAGCAUUACAGUCUCUCCCGGCAUCGCCGUAGUGCGUCGUCCUGCUUCCCGAAUCUGCCGAACGACCUUCCGACGACACCGGAUAGUCCGAAUCGUCGUCUUUUGGACUUCGCACAGAGUGUACCCGGGACGCAGAAUGACGAUUAUUUCCACGAUGAGGUACCGGCACAGAAUGCGAAUCAAGAAAAUACGACACCCAGCGAUGAAGAGAAAAAAGAAAGCAGAAAAUUCGAGAAAAUUGAUGAAAUACCUAGCGAAUUCGAGUGUUGCUUUUGUACUACGAAGGAGUACAAAGAGUUCAGAGACGCCGAGAACAUAAUGCCAUUGGCGACGAGCGACUUUCGUAAUCCCGUUUGUCAGGAGCUAAGAUCUCUCAGAUCAGCUAGUGUUGGCAUAGAUCGUAUAGUGUCGAUUUUUGCCGAAACGAAGACGUCACCUUUACAAGCACCGGAUGUAUCUUCAACUUUUGGCAAAGUAUAUAAUGAACAAGGAAGCGUUGACAGUUCAGACACUUAUGCUAGCUGUCAAACACAUCCAUCUCAUUCGCAGGGCGACCUGACCGAAGAGGCGGACAGCAACCUUUACGUUAAUCCUUUGGAAGCAGCGGAAAAGUGUAGGGGAGGUAACAUUACUACAGGAGGGGAUAGAGGAGGUGGAAGAGUGAAGAAAUCGGUAUCAGGGGAGGUUGCCCAUAAUAUCAGCGAUGUAUCUCCUACCGUCGAAUCGCUCAAGGAUCUUCGUCCUUUCAAUGAGCCCACUAAGGUUGCCCUAAACGACUCCAUACCAAAGCAUAGAAAAAUUCGUAUUCAACAGAGCGGCAGACCUCGUGCACAAUUUAUUUGCGAUCAGGAUAACACAUCUACUCGAAUCACCGUGAAAGAGAUGGAAAACAAUAAUAAUCAUUAUGGAGGACUACGUGGUGGACGACCAUUCGCGUUCGGACCGACAAACAGCCUUGCAUCUGCAACUCGCAUAAUCAAUCAUCAUUUUUUCGGAUCAAUUAGCAGUCCUAGGCAUUACAGUACAGGAACAAAUUCCGCUGCCGUCACCGCCGAAAGCAAACUUUCAUUGUCAGCUGAUUCGAUAGACAGCGAAGGUGUACCAUUCAUAGAGAAACAUCGUGUUGCUAAAUCAAUUUUAAAGAAAUCAGAAAGUAGCAACAAUUAUUACAACAAUGUUGGCGACUCCGAUACGGAAAAAUUAAUAACCGAUAAUACAUCAAUGGGAAGCAUGUGUGAUAACGAGACGCGUCUAAAGCAACAGCAGCAACAACAGCAACAGCAACCGGUAUCGCCACUUUUAUCGAGGCAAGUUCUCGAAUCCAUCUUCAGAACUAACAACAAUGCUGAAAGGGAUUUCUCGAUUGAUCAAACCGAUGGGAAAAAUUGUAUUACGAAGAUACCGAGAUUACUAUUCGAGGAUGUUCUUGAAGAAGAAAAACAUGCACGUGACGAGACGGUAGCAGAGAAUAAAAAUAAAGAAACUGAGGAACACAGGCAACGUACAAAAGUCCAUACAGACGAAGCUUCGAAGGACAGUCAAACGAUGUUGAUAUGUUCAUUAAGACCAUACAAAGUUGUUAGGAAAUCUGAAGAAAAGAGAAAACCCAUAUCGAAUAAAUUGUCGACUACGAGUAGUCAUAGUUGUGCGACUUACAAGAGCUCGGACACGAAUUGUCUUCCUCAAGAGUAUCGUUUCUCAUCGUAAUCGACAUUGGUAUCAAUUCAUUCUAUUAUUCUUCACGCGGAUUCUAUAUAAUAAAUAUACAAUAAUUAUAUGUUA